AUGGCCCAAGCAUACAUGCAGAUGGUCCAGUACCUCCACCAGGGGCUCCAGAGCCAGGCAGCCAGCUUUCCUGGCUCCGGUUUCCCUGCGCCGCCUAUGCCGUUUCCGCACCUCCCACCGAACCCGUAUGCCCCACCGAUGCCAUCGGAGCCUGCGGUGACCGUCUCCGUGGAGGGAAUGAAGUUCCAGUAUCAGCUCACGGAGGAUGACUUGCACAAGGUGUUCAGCCGCUAUGGGAGCGUGAAGCAGAUCCGCGUUGAUGAGGCCGGCGCCAGCGCCAUCAUCAUUUUUGAGACCUUCCAGGAUGCCCAGGCGGCCAUGAACGACUUGAACGGCAAGGUCUUGAACGGCUUGGAAGGGACGCUGCGCAUCCAGUGGGCUAAUUCGAGUUUGCCGGGACCGUAUCCUGGAAUGCCGUUCCCUGGAUGGGGAUUUCCGCCUGGAGCACCUGCACAGUCCUGGCCGCCAGGGGCCGCUCCGAUGCCGGCGGGGCCUGGGGCAGUGCCAGCCAGCUCUGGGGACAAAUCUCCGGGGAAGAGUCAGCGAAAGUACACCUGCCGCUUCAUCAUCGGAAUCGAGAACGACAAGGAUUUCCAGGUGGCGCGUCGCAUUAUCGGUGCCAAGGGCACGAACAUGAAACGCAUUGUUCGGCAGACGGAGGCUAAAUUGCGACUUCGAGGAGUGGGGUCUGGCUAUUUCGAGGGCGCUGGCCAGAAAGAAAGCUCGGAACCCCUCCAGCUGUGCAUCUCUUGCACCAGUCAGGAAGGUUACAAAACUGCAGUGAAGGGCGUGGAAGAGCUUCUGAAUCGCGUGUACGAAGAGUAUCGGCAGUUCUGCCGGGAGAACCAGAAGCCUGUGCCCGACUUGCAGAUCAACUUUACCGAGAACCAGCUCGUGUACAGCUCCCGAGCUACAUUCACCGGCGGAGCGGCUGCCGAUGACGAUGAAGGAGAUGCAUCCUCCAAGGACAAGCGCAAGGGAAAAGCACGAGCGACCAAGAGGUGCAGCAUCCGUGCCUAG